AUGAAGCUUGUAAAGCCUGCCAGCGACUCAUACCACCGAAAUCGUAUCAUGCAAAGGAUCAACAAAGGGGAACUCACUCCGUCGACAUGGUAUGCAUUAUCCCAUCUUUGGAACAUCUCCAAGACCAAUCAACACAUGUGGGAUGAUAUUUUCAAUUACGUGGAGGAUGAAAAUGGCCAUCCAAUGGAACCCGUUCCGAUGCGAUUGGAAAAGCGAAACACGCUACUCAAGCUACUUGAAGACAAACCUGAUAGUUACUGGUGGAUCGAUGUCUUGUGUGCACGUUCGAAUGAUUUCCCUUUUGACAUUCUCGGCAAUGUUUAUGCUUGCUGUACACGAUGCAUUGCCAUGAUUGACUGUGACCCGGAUAUCAUACCGCAAAUGUAUUCCAUGUGGGAUAUGGACCCUGAUUUCUCAAGUGCCGAUAGGUCAUUGAAUGAUUUUCUGGAUCAAUACGAGCAGCUGAAUCAUCACAUUCUUUUGUUGACGCAAUGCAUAUGGUGGACGCGUGUGUGGAUGUGGCAGGAAACGGUGCUACCUCAAGAUGUCUUGCUGAUGGCUGAAACAGCCAACCAAGUCUCCAAUGAUCAUAUGCUGCAUGUGGAUGAUCUCUAUCACUUUGAGGCUAAGCUAGGAAGGAUGCUUCUUUUCUUUAUGGAAAACGGGAUACGACCCUUACAUGCACCAGCACCUUCAUUCAAGGAAUUGAGAGCAAGCCGAAGGUUCAACAUGGAUUUGAAUUGGAUGGAUCUUGGAUCACUUGUCACGUUAUUACAAGUAUUUGGACAAUCUUGCCGGGAAUGUAAGUAUGCGGCUCAUUAUGUGUAUGGCGUUCUUGGUGUGUUCCAAUUUGAUAUCCCAUCAACAAUGACCGAUCCCAACCAAGUUUGGCAGUGCUUCUUGCACAAGUUUGAACAUUUCAUAUCCGAUCUCAUGCGAGCGUCACUCUCGACUACCAAAGAAACGGGGUCAAUACCACUUAUCACCAUCAGUGAUCGUGCACGUCAAUUUGAUUUGUCCACUGCUCAAAAUAUGGCUGAUGUUUACCGCGACCUGUUGGUCGUGUUCGAUAGUGUGUAUUUACAUGAAAGCAAUCUUAAAGAAUAA